AUGAAAGACAUUGUCAUCGACGGCCACGAAAAGGCCACCUCUAAGUCGCACGCUUUGCAGAGGAUCCGCUAUUGGUGCAUCGACAAGUUCCAUGCACAUGGACAUUCGGAUGGUUGUGUCUGCUCGCCACUCGUACACAAUCGGCUGGCAACAAGACUGCGUGCCGUCAACACCUCCAUCGCGGAACAAACGUUCAAGUGGUUCCGGGGUUACGCAAGCACAUUCAACACUAUGUAUCUCUUCUACGUCUUCCUCUACGUGCAGAAGCACAAUGACCUUGUUCGCCGCGACGCCGCCACGUACAGCUCCGGAGCUGUUUGCGUGUUCUGA